AUUCCGCAUGUUUCUCACUUUGCCUCGCAACCAAGAAAAAUGGCUUGUUCCUCAAAUUGGUGGCGUGCCCCUGUCUACUUCACCGUCUCCGUUUUGUUGGCUUUCCUAGCCAUCUCCACAGCCCUACGUUCACUACCCAGAGACAAUUCACUGCCGACAAAAACCACCAUAGCUCCACUCCUUUUGGAUGCUUCCAGCGCUUUAAGAAAAUCGGGUUUUAACAUCAUAGCCACCCUCCUUCAAAUCACCCCUGAAAUCUUCAUUUCCUCUCCACAUUCCACAAUCUUUGCUAUCCCAGACUCUUCCAUUGCAAACGCCUCUCACACUUCUUGGCUGUUGAAGCAUCUUUUUCAAUACCACGCCUCUCCUCUUCAGCUUUCCAUGAAAGAUCUCUUGAAGAAGCACCGAGGUAGUUGCUUCCCUACCUUGUUUCAUGGAAAGAACGUGGCUUUAACCAAGGUUGAUGAAAAAGAAAGAGUGGUGGAGAUCAACCAUGUGUUGGUUUCACAUCCGGAUAUCUUUCUUAAUGGCCCUUUAACAAUUCAUGGUGUUCUUGGUCCAUUUACCUCCAUGGAUCCUCGAUAUGUUAACCAGGGUUGGGACCAUAUUCAAGCCCCGAUAUGCGACUCUAAUCUUAGCUUGGUUUCUGAAGCUAUCGCCACCAAGAAUGUGGUUGAAUGGACCCAUGUUAUCCGUUUGUUAAGCUCAAAGGGAUUCGUUUCGUUUGCAAUUGGCCUGAAUUCGGUUCUUGAUGGGAUUCUUUACGACAAGAUGAAGUUAAACUCUGUUACAGUCUUUGCCCCACCGGAGUUCUCGUUUGUAGCGUCUGCUUCAUCUUUGCUUGAGAAAAUAGUAAGGUUUCAUAUACUACCUCGAAAGCUCACCUACAUGGAACUUGCUUCUUUACCUGCAAAUGCAACAUUAUGUACUUUAGCUCCGGACCAUGAUCUCGAGAUAUCCAAGGCCGUAAAUAUUACACAAGAAUUGAUGAUUAACCAAGUUAAGAUUGUUGCACCAAAUAUGUUUGAAUCCAAGAAGUUUGUGAUCCAUGGAAUAUCACAAGCAUUCAAAUUGGGUGAGCUUCCUAACACCUCCAGAUGAAUGCAUUUUUAUAGUAAAGAAGGAUUCAAUAGCUUGUAGAUUCCAUUAGAGGCAUGUAUAUUUGACCUCUUACUUGUUUGUAUAAUUUUUGGUAUUUGAGAGCCUGCCAGAGCUCAAUAUACAUUGAGUAAGAUCUUGAAUUUGA